AUGGUUAAAGAGGCUAACGUGGCUCUAGAGGGUCUUGAGGUUUGCGGAGUUGGCGGAGCCAACCGAUCUCUUCGGGCUUUGAUGUUUAUUGGGGCUCUCGGGGCUCUCUGGCCGUUUGGAGCUCUUUUUGUUUCCGGCACCGGAUCGGGGAGGCAGUCGACUGUAGUUGGGGCGCAGUAUUUGCUGUUCAGUUGAUCCGACGGCCGGGGCUUGGAGCGGCGGUCUGCUCAAAGGGAGGAAUGUGAACAGCUGUUGCGUCAAGAAUUCGUGCUCACUCAAAUCGUCCACUUGAGCAGACUUGAGAAGAGAGCCUUCCGGAAUUGGAGCCGCCUUCUGAAGGCAGGAAAGAGAAGGGUGCUACUGUCUUGGGCAUUUCGCCUCUUCAAAAGGCAUUUGAGCUUGACGGAAUGUAAACAUUAA